AUGACAGAACCAACAUCGAAGAAACAGGGAUUUAAAAAGUGUCGGAGUGCCACUUUCAGCAUUGAUGGCUUUAGCUUCACCAUCGUUGCCAACGAGGCGGGGGAAAGCAACCGUUGUCCACUGGCCCACUUUGCACGCUCACGGUCCCAGAAUGCAUUAUGCACUGCUGUCACAGCUGGCAUUGGUAUCACUGAUCACAAAGGAAUCCUGAUCAGCUCUUCCAGUGCUGAAGAGAUCCUGGCUGAUGAGCUGCCAAUCCCUGAUUCACCUGACGCCAUGGAGAAGACUGCUAUCAGGUUGCGAUGUCUUGUAAAGCAACUGGAGAGGGGGGAGGCAUCUGUGGUGGACCUGAAGAAGAACCUGGAGUAUGCUGCGUCAUUCCUUGAAAAUCUAUACAUUGAGGAAACCAGGCGGCUAGUGGACACAGAGGAUGAGCUGAGGGACAUCCAGUCAGACUCUGUGCCCUCAGAGGUUCGUGACUGGCUGGCUUCCACUUUUACCCGGCAAAGGGGCCUGAUGCUGCGCCGCAAUGAAGACAAACCACGCUUCCGCAGCAUUGUCCAUGCUGUGCAGGCUGGCAUCUUUGUGGAGAGGAUGUACAGACGAACCUCCAACAUGGCUGGUUUCAGUUAUUCCCCAAACGUCAUCAGUGAGCUCAAGCAUGUAGACAUGUGGUCCUUUGAUGUGUUUGGAUUGAAUGUUGCUAGUGGAGACCACGCUCUGAAAUUUGUCUUCUAUGAACUACUCACAAGAUACGACUUGAUCAAUCGUUUCAAGGUCCCUAUUUCUGCUCUCAUAUCAUUUGUGGACUCGUUGGAGGUGGGCUACAGUAAACACAAGAACCCAUACCACAACCUGAUGCAUGCUGCUGAUGUGACACAGACUAUCCAUUACCUGCUUCUCAAGACUGGCAUUGUGCAUUGGCUAACAGAGUUGGAGAUCUUUGCCAUAUUCUUUGCAGCUGCCAUCCAUGACUAUGAACAUACAGGGACCACCAAUAACUUCCAUAUUCAGACCAGGUCAGACACAGCCAUGUUGUACAAUGACCGUGCUGUUCUGGAGAACCACCAUGUCAGCGCUGUAUAUCGCUUACUACAGGAUGAUGAAAUGAACAUCCUCUCGAAUCUUUCCAAAGAUGACUGGAGAGAACUGCGGACUCUGGUAGUUGAGAUGGUGUUGGCCACUGACAUGUCUUGCCACUUCCAGCAGAUUAAAACCAUGAAAAGCCUCUUGCAGCAGCCUGUGGUGAUUGACAAACCGAAGGCCUUAUCCCUGCUGCUGCACACUGCUGACAUCAGCCAUCCUGCCAAAUGCUGGGAACUUCAUCACUACUGGACCACAUCCCUGCUGGAGGAGUUCUUCAGACAGGGUGAUAAAGAGGCAGAGCUGGGUCUACCUUUCUCCCCUCUCUGUGACCGCAAAUCUACCAUGGUGGCCCAAUCCCAGAUCGGAUUCAUUGACUUCAUCGUGGAGCCAACAUUCACCGUGUUAACAGAAAUGAUUGAGAAGAUUGUGACAUCGCUUGUUAAAGAGGCAUCUCACUCAGGAUUGGCUGGAUUCAGGCACUCCAGUGUGAACAGUAUUAGUGGCAGUGAUGGAAAGCAUUCCAGUGUGAGGAGUACAGGCUCAGAGGGCAGCUGCUCUCUGACCACAGCGGACUUCAUGAAAUUCAAGAUCAUAUGGAACCAAGAGAUUCAUCACAACAGGGAGCUAUGGAAGGCCCAAGCAGCCAAAGGGGUUUUCGUGGAGGCCACAGUAGGCGAGGAAAUCAUGGCUACCGUCACCAUGGGGAGGCUCGGCCUCGGCCCUAGCCCCAGGUUCCUCGCUUCCGGCCCAAGCCACCGUCCAAGGUCCCCAGCUUCCAGCCGAAUCCUGUUCCUCGUGUCCUUGGUCCGGCCGAUCCCUGCUCCUCGUUUCCUGUCGGUGGCCGCUGCUCCGUGUUCUCCAGCGGCGUCGACAACGGCUACUGAUGUGACGUCACCGCCUCUCUUGGUUCCUGAUGUGACGUCACCUCCUCUCCGGGCUCCAGCAGUGACGUCACCUCCACUCGUGGUUCCUGCCAGGGCGCCACCCCCAUUGAUUCUUGCCCUGACUCAGCCCACAUGGCUCUUGGUACCAUUGACUCCUGCCAGGCCGCCGCCUCCGGUGGCCUCUGCCCCCGUGCUGACUCCGGUGGUCCCUGACUCUGUGCCGCCUCCGGUGGGUCCUGACUCUGUGCCGCCCCCGGUGGUCCCUGACUUUGUGCCGCCUCCGGUGGGCCCUGACUCUGUGCCGCCUCCGAGAGGCGACGCCAUCCUCCGGCUCGACCUCCGGAGAGACCCUGUCUUCGCCGCCGGCCUCCUGCUCACCCUCCAGAGGGGCGACGCCAUCCUCCGGCUCGACCUCCGGAGAGACCCCGUCUUCGCCGACAGCCUCCAGAACGGCUCCGUCCGUUUGCCCGACCUCCGGGUCGCCCCACUGAACUGCCCUGCCUGUCCAUAA